AUGUCAGAGCUACCAGUUAACUAUCUCGCCAGACAAAAUACGCAGAUGACUACGCUCCUAUUGGCCUGGAAGGUGAUGAUCGCGUCCCGUGACGUGCAUCGCCAGCUCGACGGCAAAAGCCAAGGCGCUAUUCCGGAUAUGGUAAAUGCCGAGGCUCCAUGGAGGUUGAAACUAAGUUUAGCUCGAGUGGCUAUAUCACGUGACUCAAACCACAUUCCAUGUGAAACCUUGGCCGGAAGCAGAAUCGGGAGCCGGGACUUGGAGUCAGGUCAGGGAUGA